AUGGAUCGCUCGGUGCAGGAGCUGUUCCUCAACUUCAUGAUCGUCUUAAUCACUGUGCUGCUGAUGUGGUUGCUGGUGAAAACUUACCAGGACUAA